GGUCACCCUGCGAUAGCGACGGCAGAGACGGAAGACAAGGCAAAAUAAAACAAAAAGCAUAUAGGGAGUGAGUGUUACUUUUGCAAAAAGAAAAAAAAUAAAACAGAGAAAAAAGAGGAGCAAAAAGCCAAAUAAAGAAAAGUUCAAUUUCAAUUGCUGAAACGAUGCAGAUGAUGUUUUGAUAACAAACAUACAACAAUGACAACAAACGAAGCAACGAAGAGAAAACGGAGAAAAACCUGCAGCAGCAGCAGCACGUACCAACAACAGUGACUUCGACUUCGACACUUCUACGGUGCACACAAGCUGCAUCUCCACGAAGACACUCAAAACCAAUAGCAACACUCAGCAGCAACGACAGCAUUCAGUCAGCCAGCCAGCCAGUCAGUCAUUCAGUCAAUCAGUAGUAACAGCAAGAGAGAGAGAAUUGAAAUUGAAAUCGAUGUGAUGUGAUUUGAUUUGAUUUGAUGUGAGUUGAAUGCGAGCGAGAGCGCCGUAAUCUGAAAUCUCGAAAUCGAAGUGCAAGUGAAAAGAAAAAGAGUUUCCGCCUUUGCUCUAUAAAUUUAUUAUUAUUUCAUUUCGAGUGUUAUUCAGUUCGGUUCGGUUCGGUUACAAUUUUUCGUUGGCGUUGUUGUCGCCAAGUGAAGUCAGUCAGCAUCUCUCGCGUUGUGCCAAUUCUUCUUCGACUUCACUUUCCCCCUUUUCUUUAAAUUUUGAUUGAGAAGGCGACACACACACUCGAAUUUCAACUUCAAUGGGCUGACUGAGCUUAAAAAGCUCUCUCUCUCUUCCCCCCUUCUCCACACACACAUACACAUACAACACACACACGCACACACCCACAACAACGAUAAUACAAAUUACAAAUUACAAAAAAAAAAAGAAAAUAAAUAAAUAUAACAUAGAGCAACACUGAAUUGCAAAAGAGAGCGCAGAACAGUAGAAGCAGUGAGUGCAAGUGCGAGUGAGCCAGCGAUAACGGCGAUCCUUUUGCUUGCUGCGAUACUCUCUCUCUCUUGCUGUUGUGUCGAAGAGAGCGAUGCAGUAUAGGCCAAAAUGGGUUCACAGACCUUGGAGAUACUGCGCCAAGGCGUGUGGGCCUCACUGACCGGCGGCUACUUCUACGAUCCGCAUCAGGGUGUCUUCUGCAAUGUGGUGCAUCUAUAUCUAUGGCUCUACCUGCUCUGUUCGCCCUUUGUCGCCUACCUGUACUUUCCAAGCACCUGGCUGACAUGGUGUUUGUAUUGUGUGCUCACCAGCAGCACCAUUUUAAUGGUGAAACUGAUCAAUCUGGCCCUGCAUCGUUUAUACGAUCGUGCACAGACCAUGUCCGAGGUGAAUCUGAAGAGUCAGUUCUUCAAGGUCACCAAGGAGACGGAACAGCGCAGCGAUCGAGAUCGUGAUCGCGAACGCGAACGUGACGAGGAGCAUGGCAUUGAAAUGAAAGUGAUGCGUGCCGCAAGCGCUGCCAGCGGCGUUGGAGGCGUUGGCGGUGUUGGUGGCGGCUCGCGACUAUCCGUGGAGCAGGCCAUCAAUGAGGCCAGCGAGGAGAACAGCAUCAUGUCCAUCGACAAUGUGAACAGCAUCAUUGAUCUCAAGGUUGAUGUGCAUCGCAAGAAUAGCUCCGAGUCCAUUGAGCUAAUGUUCUAUGCACCCUCGAUGCUGUCGACGGGCAGUCAACAGGAUCAGCAGUCCAUUGCCAGCAAAUCGAUACGCUCCAGCAUUGCGAACGCCACACAGAGCAGCAAUAUGUCGGCCAACGAGUUGUUUAGCAAAUAUCUGGCCGUCUAUCCCGAGGUGGUGCUGGAGGGGGGAACAUCGGGCAGCGGCAGCCACAGCAGCCACAAUAACAACGAUGCCAGCAGCGAUAGCCAGCGUUUGCAGGCAGUCAACACAACGACGACGUCGUCGACAACGACGAUGGCAGGAACAGGAGCAGGAGGAGCACGCACUGGGCAUUUGUCGCGUAAGUGCAGCGAGGUGUUUAGUCGACGUCAUCGUCGUCGAUUGGAGCGUCAGAGCAGCCUGGAUACGGGUGCCUCGGAGCAGCCCACAUUUAGUGCUAAACUGAUGCGCAAUCAAUCGGACACGAUAGCGACAACAACGGCAGCGGCAACCACAGCGGCGGCAACAACAGCGGCUGCUUCCAGUUUUCUGCACACGAAAGCAACGCAACAACAACGACCACAGACUGCUGGCAAUCCGCGUCAGCAUUUCAUAGCCGGCAGCAGCAACAAUAACAACAACAACAACAAUAGCAGUAGCAGCAGUACAGCAACAACAGCUGGCGGUGGCGAUACGCGUUCAUUGCUGUUGCCCAGCAUGCGAUCCUCGCGUCUGCAGCGUCAUCGCAGCUCCGAGACACACGACGAGCGACUGAAGCAUCAAAGUCGCGCCGGACUGUUUCAAUCACUGCAGCAGCAGCAGCAACAACAACAGCAGCAGCAGCCACAAUCGAAGCAACUGGCCGGGGAUGAUGUGGAGGACAUGGAGCUGGGUUUGGGACGCCAGCAAGCGGGCAGCGAUGCCUGCAAUCGGGCGCUGCAAUCGUGGAUCUUGGACUCGUCGUCGGAUGUGUAUUUGGAGGAUGAUAGCUAUACCAAAUCGGAUCUGGGCAUUGAGCAGACACCGCAGCAAUCGUUGUCGUUUCGUGGCCAGCAGCAGCAGCAACAACAACAGCAGCAGCAUCAUCAUCACCAUCAUCAUCACCACCAUCAUCAGCAGCAGCAACAGCAGCAUCUGCAUCAGUUGCAUCACAAUCAGCUGCUCAUACGCAAGGAUCCAAGCAGCACGAUGUCAGCGCUGCAGCUUUGGGCGCGACCCACAGAGUCCGGACAGUCGGGAGACGCAAUCACGGGAGGUGGAAGCAACCGUAGCAGCACGGCGGCCAUGAAGCGACGACGACAUUCCAAUGCCACCAGCUAUCACAAGCAACAGGGCAGCGGCAGCUCGAAGCAAGCGGGCGCCACCUCAGGUGGAGCAUCCUCAGGUGGCGGCUCGGGGGUGCGUCGCAUCAAGAGCGCUGCGCUGGAGGUGCUGUGUCCGCAGGCCUCUGUCUCGAAUCUGUGUCCGCAUCCCAAUAGCGUGGAGGCAAUCAGCGGACAGCAGCAGCUGCGUAAUCCUCUGCCGCCGCCCAGCAAGAGUCUCGUGCGCAAUCCCCAUCUCAAUCUGUAUCCCCCGCCGCGUCUUGUCGACCAGAACUACAUGGAACGUGGCGCCAGUGGCGGAGGAGGAGGAGGAGGAGUUGGGAGCAGCUGUAGCAGCGUCAUCUUUGGCAGCGCCAGCGCUUGUGGCUCCACCACCGCCCUGAUUGAGCCGCCCGUCUAUCCCAUUGUGGAGCACCUCGAUGAGAAGACGGGCGACGAGACGACGUCUGCAUCGUCGCUGCGUCACCAGCAUUUGGAUCAUCAUCAGGAUCACGACGAUGACGAUGAGCUCGACGAUGUGCCGGUGCGAAGGCGAACGCGUGCCCUGGGCUGCAGUCAGACGCACCACAGCGCCGAGUCGGAUGUGGGCGGGAUACUGGCGGACGAUGACGAUGAUGUGUUCAAGGAUUUCGAUGACAAUCUGGAGCAUAUACUCAACGAGCUGCAGCAGACGCACAGCCAGCUGGACGAUGUGCUCAAGACCUGCAAGCGGAAUACGCCACAGGAAGCCGGCGUGGCAGCGGCCGGCGAAGGAGGAGGAGCUGCCUCCGAUGACGAGGAGCUGGACAACAAUACGGGAUCGCGUUCGCCGCUGCUCAGCAAUCGGCAGCAGCAGCAAAGCGCCCGCGAAAUGGCUGCGGAGCAGGCGUUGCGUCAGGAGCUAGCGCAGCCAGGUCCAGCAGGCAAUGGAGGCGGAGGAGCAGCGGGAGCGGGCGUGGGCGUGGGCGGUGCAUCCCAUCGCAGCCAGCUGAUACGCAGCGAGGCGGACUCGGGUUGCCCCUCGAGCGAUUGUGAACAGGUGAGCGCCAGUUCGAAGGAUCAAUUGCUCGCGGGGAUGGAGCAGUUGCCGCCAGCAGCAGCAGCAGCAGCGAUCCAGCAUCAGCAGCAGCAACAACUGCAGCAUCAGCACGAACCGGAUGAGGAGCAACCGUGCACCUCACGGAUGGCGGCACGCAGUUUGGGGGCCAUACCCAAGGUGGUGAAGUAUCGGGAACUGAUUGGCGACGUGGCCACCAGCAGCAGCAGUAGCAAUCACAUCGUCAAUCUGCAUCGCCCCUCGGCGAAUGCGUCGCGCAACUCCAGCUCCUCGAACUCCACGCAUAGCAUCAGCCUGACGGACACCUCCGAGAUACACAAGAUGCUUUGGGUGAUGAAUGGCGGUCCCGUGGACGAUCGUGGACGUCCCAUUGCGGGCCUGCUGACGGAUGGAACGCCAGUGCUGGCCAAUCCCAACAUGGUGCCGCCGAACAUGUCCAGCGCACACCUUCAGCUCUAUCAGGAUAUGCUCCAGACGAUGCAGGGCAACGCUUGCGGCGCCGGCAGUGUGGAGCACAUGACGCUUUCCGGCCUGAAUCGCGACAAGUUGCGUCUGGAAGGCAAGUUGAUCUACGAACAGAUGGCAGCCGCAGCGGCAGCCAACGGUAGCUCGGGUGGAGGUGGCACUGUGGCAACCGGUGGAGAGAGCAACUCGCAGCAAUUGGCGCUGAUGGGGAGUGCAUCGCGUAGCGGGAGCUCGGUGGCAACGGCCGCGUUGCAGGAGCUCUUCAAUAUGAUGCGCAGCGAACGUCAGGCGUCGCAGCAACAGCAGCAGCAGUUGAGCGAGGCAAGUGGUGCAGCCGGAGGAGGAGGCGGUGACUCAAGUGUUGCGCUCUCGCAGCAUCAGCAACAGCAUCAGCAACAUCAACAACAGCAACUGCAGCAGCAGCAACAACAGUUGCAGCAACUGCAACAGCAGCAGCAACAACAACAGCAACUGAGCAGCCAACCCAUGCUCAAUGUGGACGGACAUUUCGCCCAAUACUGCGACUACUGGCGACCGCCGUGUCUGCUGGCUGCCGAGAAACCGGUGGCCCCCAAGAGCUUCUACAAGUAUCGCUUCAAGUGGUGCGGCCAGGAGCAUGAGUUCAAGAUCGCCAUGGAUCGGUUGGAGUUGUUGGCGCUCUUCGAUCGCGAUCUUCAUUGGUUGCACGUGUUGCUGGCGAGCGUUCUGUGCACUUUGGUCGCCUGUUUGGGCGCUGCAAUACUCCAGCACAAUCACUACAAGGAUCUGUGUGUGCUGUUGUUCUGUGCGGUGAUUGCGGGUGCUCAGUAUUCGCUGGUGAAGAGCGUUCAACCGGAUGCCGCCUCACCGGUCCAUGGAUUCAACAAAACCGUCGCGUAUUCGCGAGCCAUUUACUUUUGUCUAUGCGGCGGUUUGCUGCUGCUCCUCAAGCGUUUGGAUGCCGAAUAUGAUGAAACACCGCCGGCCUUGCAGUCCUUCUUCGGGGUUCGCUAUUCGCCCGCGAGCGUCGUUGAGCUGCUGCUGCAAUCGCUUUAUGUGCUGCUGCUGUGCUUUCCCAUCAUCUUCUCGGUGGGUUUGUGUCCGCAGAUCAACACGUUCCUCAUGUACCUGCUGGAGCAGCUCGAUAUGCAUCUGUUUGGCGGCAACGCAGCGAGCAGUCUGUUGGGCUCCUUUCUGUGUUUGCUGCGCUCUGUGCUGGCGAUCAUGCUGCUCUAUGGACCGCUUUAUGCGUCGCUCGACCAACAUCAUGGCACACAAAACAUACUGUUCUCGAUCUUUUGUGCCAUGCUCAUACCACUGGGAUAUCAUCUAUCGCGCUCCGCCAGCGAUUUCAGUCACCUGUGGCGUCUCAUCAAGACGUGCAUUGUGAGCACAUAUCGCGAGGAUGACGACGAGAACGUUAAUCCGCUGAACGUGCACAGCAACAUCAAUAAUAACAACAAUAAUAACAACAACAGCAGCAGUCGGAACAGCAAGGAGAAACAGCCGCUGAAUCGUCCCAAGCGUCAGGAGCUAUUACGUCCGCGACAGCAGCAAAACAACGGAGCCACUGAACUGAUCAGUUCGACGGCGAAUAGCAAUGAGCACAUCGAGUUGAGUUCGCUGGAGAAGCUACAGCAACAGGUGGACGAGGAGCAGGCGCAACAGGAGCAGGAUCAGGACGAUGGCGAUGCUGAUGGGGAUGGCGAUGCGGAUGCGGAACAAGAGCUGCAACUGCAGCUGGAGCAGAAGCACAGCAAAUCGAAGGCAUCGUCGCUGGGCAGCAGUCAAACGCUGGGCAAGACGAUCAGCAGCAGUAAACGUGCGAUUACCGCAUCCAGCUCCUAUGCAUCGAUUGGCGUUGAUCCCGCCGAUGAUGGCCAAGCGGUGGAGCUGGCCGAUGAUCAGGGGAUCAAGGCAACGCCCAGCCACAGCCAGGAGGUGCAUGUGUAUGAGGAGCCCAAGACUGAUGCGGCACAGGAUGAUAAGAUAUCCAGUUCCUCCACCACCAAUCCGGGUGAUAUGUCCACGCUAACUGCCGGCGCUGGCACAGCGACCACAGAUGCUGUCAUCGAUGCGGAUGGCGAUGCUGAUGCCGCCGAUGGGGAUGCCACGGCGGUGCCACAGGACGGUGAUGGCGACACCGAGUUGGACAAUGAGUUGCCCGAUCCGUUGCCGCGUAAACUCCAGGCGACCGUGACGACACGGCUGAAAAACGAUCUCGUUGUGAUGACCCUGCUGGCGGUCAGUGUGCUUGUGCUGCAUUGCAGCACGGUGUUCACGGUCCUGCAGCCGGAUCUCAAUGUGGUGCUGUAUGUCUUCAUUGGCACACUGGGUGUGCUCCUCCACUAUGCUGUGCCCCAGAUGCGCAAGCAUAUGCCGUGGCUGUGCUUCGCCCGACCGCUGUUGCGACAGAAGGAGUUCGGACAGUUUGAGGUGUUGAAUGCACCGCAGAUCAUGUGGUUCGAGAAGUUCUACAUCUAUUUGAGUGUCCUGGAGCGUAAUGUGCUCUUUCCGCUGCUGGCCAUCUCAUCGUUGACCGCCGACUCGCAGUUGAUUGCCAACAAAUUUGGGGUUCCCUGGGGCACGCUCAUCGUUGCCGUUUGCGCCAUAAAAUUUGUGCGCAACGCUUACUCGGAUCCCACAAACCAAUACCUGAUCAUCAUAUUCACCGUCCUGCUCUUUCGCAUUGACUUUGCCAUGGCCACCGAAAGCUUCAUCAUUGACUACUUUUUCGUUUCACUCGCCUUCCGCAAAUGCUGUGAUUUUCUGCUUAAGUUGCAGUUUAUAGUGACGUAUAUAGCGCCAUGGCAGAUCACGUGGGGCUCAGCGUUCCAUGCUUUCGCACAGCCAUUCAGUGUGCCGCAUUCCGCCAUGUUGUUUUUGCAAGCGGGCAUCUCAGCGUUGUUAUCGACGCCAUUGAAUCCAUUUCUGGGCAGCGCCAUUUUUCUCACCUCGUAUGUGCGUCCCGUGAAGUUCUGGGAACGCGAUUACAACACACGGCGCAUCGAUCACUCCAAUACACGGCUCAGUUCGCAGCUGGAACGCGAUUUGGGCGCCGAUGACAACAAUUUAAAUAGCAUUUUCUAUGAGCACCUCACGCGCUCGCUGCAGCAUUCGCUGUGCGGCGAUUUGCUCAUGGGCAGAUGGGGCAAUGUUAACCAGGGCGAUUGCUUCGUGCUCGCCUCGGAUGAUUUGAAUUGUCUGGUGCACAUAAUCGAGCUGGGCAACGGACUGUGCACGUUCCAGAUGCGUGGCCUCGAGUUCCGUGGCACCUAUUGCCAGCAGCGUGAGGUGGAAGCCAUCACCGAGGAUGUGGAGGACAACGAUGGCUGCUGUUGCUGUGAUCCCGGCCAUUUGCCGCGUCUGCUCAGCGCCAACGCCAUGUUCUCCACUCGAUGGCUCGCCUGGCAGGUGGUUGCCGCCCAGUAUGUCAUCGAAGGUUACUCCAUCUCCGAUAAUCUGGCCAGCGCAACGCUGCAGGUCUUCGAGUACCGCAAAGUACUCAUCACCUACUACAUCAAGAGCAUCAUCUACUAUGUGGUGAAGAAUCCCAAGCUGGAACAGUGGCUGUCAUCGGGACCCAUACAGGAGGCAUUGCAGCAUACGCUGAGUCGUCAGUUUGUCGAUCUCGAUCCCAUAUUCAACUUCAAUCUGGAUGAAGAUUUCGAUUUUCGUGCCGUGGGCAUCACACGCUCCAGCUUCUGUUAUGUGUACCUCAAGUGGAUCAACUACUGUGUGGACAAGCGCAAGGAGUUGCAGCUGGGCAAGGAACCAGCAGCAGCAACUGCAGCGCCGCCACCAACGUCAUCCACUGCCACGCCCGCCACAGCGCCAGCAUCAACAGCAGUCGCUGCAGCUGCAGCUGUGCAAUCCUCAAUAGCAGUCGGCGGAGGUGGAGGAGGAGUGGCGAUUGGUGUCAGCACAACGGCAACGACAACAGCGAAUACAACGCCCGCCCACAACGACUCGAAGAGCACACCGAAUCUCUCGUCACAUGGCGGCGCCACAGCACCGCAGUCGAAAUCGCAAUCCCAGCAGCAGCUGGGACGCAGCGUGCGUCCCCAGAAGAGCGCCACAAUGAGCGGCAGCGGCAGCGGAUGCACAGCGCCCGGUGUGGUGCAGGAGGGGAGCAGUGUGCUCGGUGGCGUCGAUCAGUUGAGCAGCUCGCAUAGUUUUGCCAACAUAUCGCGACAGACGUCGGAAAGUGCGCCCCGUCUGGGUGGCUAUGUGGGUGUGUAUAUGGAUCAGCUGACGAAAGCUACGACCUCGACGACGGGGAAAUCGCUGCGCAAGGAGGAUUCGCCACGUACACAGCCAGCGACAGCGCCGACAGCCACAACAGGGAUUAGUCAUCAGGAUGGAAAUCUGACAACAAUACUGCCCAGCACGAUGCCCAUGAUGCAGGGAGCAGCUGUGGGAACCGGCCUGGGAUUGGGAGUGGGAGCCACGAAUCAGCGACCGGCCUUGAAGCUAAAAGUGGCGAGCGUGUCCAAGGAUGCGCCGCUGGUGUCGUUGUGCCUGGCCUUGGGUCUGUUGGCGCGUCGUUCGCUGGCCACCGCAUCGCACAGUUCGUUGACCGGCGUGGAGUUCUUUCUCCACGGUCUGCACGCGCUGUUCAAGGGCGACUUUCGGAUUACGUCGCCACGCGACGAAUGGGUCUUUGCCGACAUGGAACUGUUGCAUGCGGUCGUUGCGCCCGCUGUGAAAAUGGCUCUCAAGCUGCAGCAGGAUCACAUCACAAACCCCGAUGAGUUCCUCGAUCCCCAUGCGCUGUACGAGGCCAUCGACAGCUGCUCCAAGGAGCUGGUCAUUUCCCACGAAGCGGAUCCCGUGUGGCGCAGCGCUGUGCUGCGCGGUGCACCCAAUUUGCUGGCACUGCGCCACGUCAUGGAGGAUGGCUCCGAUGAGUAUCGCAUCAUCCGGCUGACGAAGCGUUUCCUCAGCUUUCGCGUCAUCAAAUUGAAUCGCGAAUGCGUCCGGGGCUUGUGGGCCGGCCAACAACAGGAGCUCAUCUAUUUGCGCAAUCGCAAUCCCGAGCGCGGUAGCAUCCAGAAUGCAAAGCAGGCGCUGCGCAAUAUCAUCAACUCGAGCUGUGAUCAACCCAUUGGCUAUCCCAUCUACGUCUCCCCGCUGACCACAUCGUAUGCGGACACCAAUGGGCAGCUGUGUCAGGUGAUUGGCGGCGCCAUCACGCUGGACACGAUCAGGCAAACGGUGCUCGAUUGGUGGCAUCGCAUACGCGAACGAUGUCGCCAGGGCUGCAGCUCCGGUUCCGCCAUGGAGGCCUCACUACAACUCCAGGGCGGCACCUGCAAUUUCGGCAGCGGCGGCAGUGUUGUGGGCACCGGUUCCACAGUGGCCACAACAGCUACACGUGGUGCCGCCAGCGCAGCGGGAGCACAGAGUAAUCUGAGUGCAGCUGGCGUGACGGGAGCUGCGGGCUCAGUCGGAGGAGCAGGAGGAGGAGGAGGGGCAGCAGGCGGCGGUGGAGGCAGCGUCAGUGCACCGGGCACAGCGAGCAGCACGGGCGGCGAUUCGGGUGGCGAAUUGGCGCCGGUGUUCAUAUCGGCACCGCUCUACAACACGCUCACCGUCAACAGCUACUACGGCGUCCGAUCGGGCAAUGUGCCGGGCAUGAGUCACGGCAUGGCGGGCAGCCUGGGCGGCAGCUAUGUGAGCGACACGUUGGCCGUGGUGCGCGGCGGCUUGGCCGUGAUGCCAGUGAAGCCCACGUCGACAACGCUGAUUGCGGGACUGUUGAAUCGUGAACGGGAUCAGGAUCAAGUGGCUUCCGGUUCGAAUUUGCGUGCCAGCAGCAGUGGACCGCGUGCCGCGCGCAGUGCAGGAGCAGGAGGUGGAGGAGGCAGCGGGCAGUUGCAGGCGAGCGCACGACGCGCUACCUUGCCCAUUGCCAGCGGCACCUCAGACGUCGUCGUCGCAUUGCCGAGCAGCAAGGAUGCAGCGCCCAUGCGUUCGGAACUGUUGGCUGAGCAUGAGCCCAGUCCGCGUGCCACGAAGCUCUCCUCGUCCUCCGGCAGUCUCGGCGUUGCCAUGGGCGUGGGUAACAUUAUAACCACGCCAGGGGAUUAUCCACGCAAGACCAAGGGACCCAUUUGCCUCAUGGCCAAUGAGGCAACCACGACAAGCGCAGCAACAGCAGCGGGAAGUGCGGCGGCGGCAAAUGCGACGCCUCGAAAGCCUCGCAUUGAGAUUUACAGAAAGGUCAUCAUCGUGGACGACACAGGGAUUUACGAUUGUCUGGACAUCAUCGAUGCUGUGGUCUGGCCAACGGAUCACAUGCGUGCCAACGGCGGUCGCUUGAGCUGGAAGGAUUGGGAACCGAGUGCCGGCAUGGUGGGUCAUGUGGUGCACGUCUGGGUGCCCAACCACAAGGAUGUGCUCUUCCGUUCGCAUGUGAAUCGCUGCGUCUAUCUAAUCGAGAUCGGCGAGCAUUAUGUGCCCGUCGAGGAGCUCGGAUUACGUGAGUACAAUCAAAUCUUGGGCAGCAGCAGCGAGGAGAUGGCCGCCAGCUCGCGUCGCAGUUCGAUGCAACGCGACUUCCACGAGUACACCAGCAGCAUGCAGCAGAAGCUGGCGGGGAUUACGGCCAGCGCCAGCAGCAGUGGCAGCAAAUCCCACAAGCACAAGAUACGAGCCGUUAGCAGCAGUAGCAGCAGCGAUGAUGAUGACGAUGGCGAAUCGAAUCCAAUCGUUGAUGACGACAUGUUCCGCUGCAGUGCGUCUGGCAGUGGAGCUGGAGCAGCGGGUGGCACAACAGCAGCAGCUAGAGCUGGUGUCUUGACAUUGCCGCCGGGUGUGAAUCCACCGCCGGGCAUUGAUCUGAUGAAUUUCAGCACGCUGCUGAACAUGUGGAAACUGAUUGCCGACAAGAAGAAGCAAGCGAUCAACAUUGACACAUCCGAGCCAUUUGCUGCCUUCGAUUAUACGGGCGAGCUGCCGCCGGAGCUGAUGCGUCAGCUGGAGGAGAGUCGUUUGGCACAGCAGCAGCUGCUCGAGGAGCAGCAGGAGGAGGAGCUGCGCAAGCAUUUACAACAGCUCGAAGACGAUGCAAAUGCUCUAGAAGCCGAGCAAGCUGCGGCAGCGGCGACAACGACGACGACGAGUUCGCCGCCUUCGAUUGAGGAGUUGUCGCUGGAGCCAAGCGGAACACCAACGCCAAGUAGCACGCCGAUCACAACGACGCCCACACCGCCGCCAGAGCAGGCCGAGAAGCAGUUGGAGUUGGAGCAGUUGCCGGUGGAAGAGGAGCAGCAGUUGGAAGCAGUAGCUAAGCUAGUGGAGAAGGAGGUAGAAGCAGAAAAAGUGGAAAAAAAGCAGGAGGCAGAGUUGGAAACGCUGCCAAAGGCGGAGGAGCAUGAAGAGCAAACGGAGGAGACAACACAAGAAGAGGUCGAAGAAAAGGAGGAGUUGGAGAAGCAGCAGCAGCAGCAAGAAGCGGAGGAUGAAGAGGAUGAAAGCGCAGCGAGUGGCACCACAGUUUAGACAGAGACAGACAGACAGACAAACAGAUCGAAUAAGAAUGAGAUAAAGAUAAAGAUACUGGAUAGGACGACAGCGCUUGCUAUAUCAUUCGAGUGAACAAUUACCCAGCGUUAAGCCCCAACUAAAAAACUAAAAACCUAAACCUAAAACUAAAACUAAAACUAGAUCGAUAACGAUAACGAAUUCAACAAAAUACUUCCAAGUAACAUACGCAAGUAAAUGUAAUCAAAGUAGAGUUUUUAAAACGACUGUAAAAAGCAUUGGAUAAAUGUAAAUAAUACACAACAACAACAAGUACAUAUUAUACUAUUAGCUAUAGUUUUGUUAUACUAUAUAUUGUCGCCUGUACAUACAUAACAUAUAUAUAAAAACUGAUGAUGAAAUGGAAAGGAAAGUAGAAGAAAGGAAAGAAAACAGACGGCGGUUGGAUUAGCUUUUUCACUAAAUUUUAGUCGGUAAAAACAUUCGUAAACAAAUUAAUUAAUUCAUUAAUUAUGUAUAGACAGAAUUCUUACACUAAUUCGAUUCUAAACACGACACACAGAAAAACAACAAAAAAAAAUGAAAGCAAAAAUUACAUUUUUGUUAGUAUUACAAAAACAAAAAAAAAACAUGGAAAUGAUAUAUAUAUAACUAUUAUAUAGCCCUCAUAUAUAUAUACAUAUAUAUAUCGAAAUGGAGCAGGACGCAAUGAAAGGAAAAACAACUCAAAACCAAAAUGCUUUUCACUAAUUUUACUCUAAUUAUUAUUACGAUUAUUAUUAUUAUAUUAUAUUAUUAUUAUUAUUAUGGUAAUACCCGGUCCUUGCCCAUGUCUUGUGUCUUCUUUAAACUAAUAUUAAUAUACAACUAUUGCUUUCCUAGCCAAUACACACAACAUUAAAACAAAAACAAAAAAAAAAAUCAAAUGAAAACUAACAAAGAAUUUAUAUAAAUUUAUUGAUUAAACAAAAAAAACAAAGCGAAACACAAAACAUACCAAAAUUUUACUGUUAAUUAUUAAUGUAAAAGAAAAUAAAGCAUAACAAAACCUUAUCACUAAAUAAAUAAUAUAUACAAGUAUUUAAACUAUAUAAGAUGUAAGUUGGCAAAAACAGAAACAAGAAAAACAAAUUGACAAUUGAGAAUGGAAACCAAUUAAUUAAUUAAGCAAAGUCAAAAAGUUGUUGUUGGUGAAUGAUAAAUAUUAAAAACCAAAAAACAACUACAAUAUAUUGAUCAAUUGACAUAUUGACGAACCGAUCUUGUUGAUGUUGAUGAUGGAUAAAUGAUAAUGACAAAAAAAAAAUGUAAAGCUCUCACGUUGCCUUAAUACAUUAGACUGAUUUUUUCUACACACGCAUACACACACACACUCACACACACAUACACUCGUAGACAACACACACACACAAUACACUCACGAAUACAUACAUACACUUGUUUAUAUGCAUGUAUAUAAUAUAUAUAAAAAUAUAUAUAUAUAUAUCAGAUAUACAUGAUAUACUCAAAAUUCGAUACACGUUAAAAACUAUUAAAUAAAAAAUAUGAGAAAAAAAACAAAAACGAAUUCAGAAUAUGUAUAAUAAUUAUGGUUGCGAGUAUUUACAUAGCUAAAGGAAUAUAUCAUUCAAAAUAAAAAAAAAACAAAACACUAAAUGAUUAAAUAAAUACCCUGUAAUAUAUGGACAAGGUGCAAUUUGCAUGCGCUAAAAACAAAAGAAAAAAAGAAUAUUACAAAUAAAAUAAAAACUAGAAAAAUGCCCAAAUAAUUUUUCCAAAUACACAAAUUAAGCAUAUUGUAAAACCAAAAAAAAAAAACAUUUAUAAUUAUAAAACAACAACAAAAAAAAUGAAGAAAAAAAAACGGAAAAACGUAAAUGAAAGCCGAAAAAAAGAGAACAGCACACGAACAAAAAAAAAAGAAAAAAGAAAAGAAAUAAAUGUUUGCCAGCAAUUAAAUGUACCCAUCCCUCCCCACUUUCAGUAAAUGUAUCUGAAACUAGCCAAUCUUCAAGAAAACUAAACUAAAAAAAAAAACAGAAA